GUCCGUGAUAGCACGACAAUAACGACUACCUUCAGCAACUCAUGAUCAUCAACUUGCAGGUUUCAGUGAGAUCAAAAUGCAAACUCUAAACACCCCCGAUUACAUUGUCAUGGGAGUGAUGCUCGCCUUAUCAUUCGGUAUUGGGGUGUUCUUCGCUGUAAGGAGUAAGAACACAAGAGAAACCUAUCUCAUGGGGAACCGAGAGAUGGGAGUCUUCUCCGUUGCCAUCUCCAUGUUCGUAACCUUGCAAUCGGCAGUGUCCUUACUGGGCUACCCUUCGGAGAUAUACACGUACGGUACUAUGGUCACGUACGUGUUCAUUGGCCACAGUCUCUCCUACGUUGCCUGCGUCUAUACAUGUCUCCCGCUUCUAUACCCGUUACGCAUUGUCAGUAUAUAUGAGUAUCUUGGACGAAGAUUCGAUUCAGCUGCAGUGCGCAUGUUCGGAACAUUCCUUGGGAUGAUUCAAACGGUUUUAUACAUGACAGUGGCGUUAUUCUCACCAGCUCUGGCUCUCCAAACAUCUGCAGGCAUCCCCCUUUGGAUGUCCAUUGUGAUUGUCGGACUCGUCGGAACAAUCUACACAUCCAUUGGCGGCAUAAAGAGCGUCGUGUGGACGGAUGUACUGCAAUCCGUGUUCAUGUUUGGAGGCAUGGUGGUAGUCAUAGUGCUGAGCAUGGGCAGGAUCGGAACUCUUCAGAAAGUUUGGGAAAUCAACCAUCAGGAAGGACGUGUACAGUUUGAUGAGCUUAGCCCUGAUCCCCGCGUUCGCCACACUGUUUGGGGACUCCUUCUGGGAGGUUUCUUCAACUGGUACAUCAACAUGUUCAACCAAUCAACCAUGCAGAGAAUGUGCGCUAUUCGGUCAAUGAAAAGAUCCAAAAUAGCCCUCCUCCUCAACAUACCCAUGCUUCUGAUAUACUCUGUUCUGCUGGUGACCACAGGGCUGCAACUGGUCGCCUACUUCUUCACCACCCAGUGUGACCCGUAUGAGGCUGGUUACAUCACAAACAGGAACCAGAUGAUGCCAUACUAUGUGUUGGACAUCCUCGGCUCCUACCCUACCCUGGCCGGACUCUACAUGUCUUCCCUGUUCAGUGGAGCGCUCAGUUCUCUGUCCUCUGGGAUCAACGCUUUGGCGGCCAACACAGUGGAAGACGUCCUCGUAGUGCCAUUACGUGGAGCUUCAGAAAGGACAUGCACAAUCGUUGCCAAAUUGGCAGUUUGUUUUUAUGGUGUCCUGACUAUAGGACUGGCGUAUCUGAUUCGAUCAGUCCCGGGGCCCGUAACACAGAUGAUACAGGCUUUUGAGGGUACGACUGGCGGUCCUUUGUUGGGUAUGUUCUUCCUGGGUGCUGUUUUCCCAAAGGCAAACAAAGUGGGAGCUCUGUGUGGAGGUAUAUCAGCUCUAGUGGUCAAUGUCUCAAUCAGCAUUCUACAAAAUCUGUAUGGGGUCAAGCCGACACCUUUACAUUCCGCACCUUUAGAUGCAUGCACAGGAGAAGCAAAUAGCACCAUGGCAUUCACAACCCCAAAGUUUCUGAAUAAAACAUUCCCGCAAAAUGAAAUUCAGAAUUCGCUUCAUGAAGGAUUGUCUGCAGUGCCAUUCUACCUAUAUGAUGUGUCCUACAUGUGGUACGGCUUCAUUGGCUUCCUGGUGGCGCUGGUUGUUGGUGUGGUCACAAGUUGGAUCACAGCGAGCCGAUAUCCUCAGACACAGGAUCCACAACUCCUCUUCCCGUUUGCACGGCGACUGUGGAAACUGUCGGGUUCAAGCGGAAUACAGUUGACAGCUCCUGACAAUCAGCAGCACGGAGGCAGCAUCAAGUCUGGGGUUACAACAAGCAACUGUCAUAUUUAGGACAUCGACAUUUUAACGAACGUCAUUUAAAUGAUGCACACCCAACGAGAACAUGAACGAGUGGUUCCUUGACGUUUCUGCCUUGCGUCACGUUUACCAUUGUUCAGACACGAUGUUUCUCUAUUCUCUAUGAUUAAUAAUUUAGGGCCAACAGCCUUUUGCUGAUACCUCUUAAAUGGUUCGUGUCAAUCUAUCGCAUGUCACAUAAACUCUGAAAAUGCAAAUUUCAUCUUGUUUCUUUGAGUGUUCCCAUAACCUCUGACAUUUGGGCUCAGACAUUUGGGCACAGACAAAUGUUGCAAUUCAAAAGUUAAACCUUGUGUUGGUAGAUUUAUUUAUAUUAUAAGCUAUGUGUAUAACGUAUAUUACAGUACAGUCACUUUCUCAGACAAUAAAACAAAAGGCAUUCUUAUUGUGUAACCAGGGAGAUUCAUUUUUAGAAAGUUACCGCUAUGCAUAAUGUUUGUUGAGAAGAGCUUGAGCGUAGUGGUAGCUGAUGAAUGGUAAGAUGGUGGAAUGGAUAGAUGACCAGAUCAAAACCUAUGUCAAGAGGUCAGUCUUGGUCACAAAACAACUGCAAAUGUAUUAUAAUGAUCUUCGAUUUGAAAUUUCGCGAAAUAUGAACAUAAUGCCAACAGAGUGGCUUGGCCAAGGCAUCAUCAACAGCGGACACAUGAACAGUAGUCAGCAGUCCCCCUCUCAGAUGAGUCAGUUUCUUCCGUCUUCUUUAGUCUGGUGGUGGUAGUGUUCUGGUGUGGGGUGCAUUUUUAUUCAGGCACAGGUCUCCUCUCUAUCAAUCAAUCAUUGGCUACACCAAUGCCCUUCGUUACAUAUACGAAAUUCUUCAGGGGAUUUCACCGGCUCAAAAGUUGUUUUCUAAGGAAACAAUGUCCGUACUCAUCCUUGUCGUGUCGUCACUGACUUCUUGAGAACAAAAUCAGCGGAUGGAAUGGUCUGCAUAUCAGCCUAACAUGGGACCGAUAACGCAACUCUGGUACCAACUCGGCAGACAAAUCAGAGAGAAUUCAUGGACAGAAGAGGCAGAAUUUUCGGUUUGACAAUUUGGUAAUGUAAUGUAAAAGAUACAAUCUUGCGAAGAGACGUAACAAGCCCUGGUUCGGUCCGCCAUGAAACAUACAGUCAGCCUAAAACUACUUUUCUAAAGAAGAAAACGAUAGAAAACAAGAUCAGUUGAUACAAAUAGGCAUAUAAACAACUUUUAAACACUAAAUAAUCAACAGAGAAAAAAGUUACAUCCAGAAUGAAUAAAUAAGUAAUAGAAUUCAAGAUAUUUUAAAAGAUGAAAAUUGUUUGACAGAAAUGCAAGCUGGAUUUCGUAAAUUCUAUUAACGACCGUUUAUUUACAUUCCACUGUUUAAUCGAUUUAUUUAAAGCAGGAAGGAAAAAGUCGAUUUGCUGUUUUAUUGACUUUGACUUCAAAAAAGCACUUGGUAGUGUCUAGGGGAGGGAAUUGUGGACUAAAAUAUUUGAACAGACAGUAGAUGGUAAAUGUUUACGACUUAUGAAAUCAAUCGUGUUUCUGUACAGCGAACUGACUCUGCACAAUUUCCCUCUAUUAAAAUUAUCUUGAAAACUAGCAAAUUUAGCAAAUUAUUAUAUUCGGACAAAAUUGUGUGUUAGAUCUUUCACUAAAACCAAAAAGGUUCUAUUGAAUAAGUAAUUUCGCAGAAUAUUGUAAACUCUCGGAAUUAACUUUAAAUAUACUAAAAACGAAAGGCUUAUAUUUGGUGAAAAUACAUAUAAUCUUAAAUGACAUGCUAUUAGAAUAUAUUGAUGAACAUAAAUAUCAGGGCAUAAUAUUUUGUAGAACUAACUAACUAACUAACUAACUAACUAACUAACUAACUAACUAAAAUCAAAUUUAUGCCAGCUGGCUACUAAGGUGAUGUUUUGGGUUUUUUAAUUUAUCUAGAAGUCGAACUUAUACUCUUCUGAUCCAGUGUAAACCAUGUCAUGUUGAUGCAUUGUA